GCGAGCUCAGCUACCUAUCGUUUUGGGUUAGAUGUUAUUGUUUCUACGAUAACUUUUUCCUACGUUUGAAUAAAAAUGGGUAACGUAGUACGACCAUUGGGAAAUUGGAGUGAUUAUCCAGAGUCUUGCAUGCCUCCGACAUUUGAUCCAAUGCUUGGAUUUGCUAAUGGUCGUAAAGAAAGAGUUAUGCCGGUAACAGACGAAGAACUGAGAGCUGCUAAAGUACCACCAAGAUUUCGGGACUAUUGUGCUGACAAGUAUAUAGAUUGCUUGGUAUGUCAAAGAAAGCACAUGCCUAAUCUUAUGAAAUGCAAGGGUGUGCAACAUAAGUAUGCGGAGUGUGUUAGAGAUGAUUAUGUAUUGAGAAUGAAAGAGUAUGAAAGAGAACGUAGACUUCUUAGAAGACAAAAACAAAAAGAAGAGACUAUGAAAGAGACAAUGGUUUCAGCUUAGAUUGCAACUCUAUUAAUUGUUGCUUUCGUCUUUAGGAUAUACACUCAGGUUUUCAUCAUUGUACAUGAAUAAUUGAAAUAAAGGGUCAGAACUGUACCAAAAA